AUGUCUUCGGAUUCUACCAUCACAUUCGCUUUAGUUCCCAAAGGCUCUCACUUUAGGUCUCCGCCUCUCGACUAUGGACAACCUGCUGUAGAGGAGAUCGUUGAAGACCCCGUCGUUCUCAUGAUUCCAAACUCGCGGCUCCGCGCCCUUUGUCUCCAUCCUGUCAAGUAUCUCAAGUUUUGCGAUGAACCGGGUCACGACGUCGACGAUCCCAUCGCUACGCUGAGGGACAUGGACGAUAAAACGAACGGUUUUUUGUGUAACCCGCAUGGUCUCUACGAUGAUGGCUCGUGGGCUAUCACGCACACUCCCAAUCACAUCCUCACCGUAGAAGAUAUACCAAAAUCCGAUCGGCGGGCCCUGUUCCCUCCCCAGACGCUCUCCGACCCUUCCAGAGCCGGUUACCAGCGAUUCACUGCACAAUGGCUCAUAAACCCAUCGGACGCACACCUCUUUGGGAUGGGCGAUAACACGGAUGCCGCUUUUGCCAACCACAGCAUUCAGAAGCUGUCUGCGUUCCUUCUCGAUUGCACUUACGGAGCUGCUGCGUUACGGCAGUGGGGUGUUGGAGACGACAGUGCGCUUCGUAUUCUCCCGGGGCAUCUUCCUAAACCCCUCCCUGUUGAUCGUAGUUCAGCUUACACGGAUGAACCAGUCAUCGAAGAACCUGACAAGUUCAGCGAAAUGUGCUCAGUGCUUACAGGCUUGUACAAUGCAGGACUAGGCAAGCGUGUCGAGCCUCCGGGAGCGAAUGUGGCGCGGUGGCUUCAGAGAGAUGGAGCGGGAAUAUGA